AAUAAGUAAUGAGAAACAUAUGGAAUAAAAAAUAUUUUUGUAAUUAUGACUUUACCACCACUAUUUAGCUGUCACUUUCCGUCAUACAUGAAAAACUGUUUUAAUAACGAAGUAGAUAUAUUAUGGUAUCAACCUGAAUUUACACAAAGCCGUUAUCCACCAGGACAAAAACUAAGUGAAGCCUGUACACUUAUAUGUUUACUUGUGGCUGUACGAAUCUUAAGAGGAAAUGUAUCGAUUUAUGAUAUAGAAAACUGCCUGAGAUUAAAUAUUAUUGUGGCAGAGGCGAUAAUUGAGGGUAACACUAUUCAUGCGUGGCUUAUUAAGAAAAGGCUUAUAUCACAUCCGUAUUUGAAUACUGAAGAUGCUUUAAAACAUGGGGGCAAGAGCUUAAAUAUAUUAAAAGAAUGGAAAUUCAAUAUCUUUCAUGAAGAGAUAGAAACAAGCCUAUACAAAAAUAUAAACAUAUUUUUACAUGACUGGUAUAAAAAUCCAAAAUGUCACACUCUGUUUAUGCUGCUUAUCACAUGUGGACGUACUAUAUUAUUUAUAUUUCAAGAAACUACAAGUAAGGUCACUUUGUUUGAUUCGCACAGUCACACUACUGACAAUUCAAAUCAUGGAUUAGUCAUAGCUCAGACAACUAUCGAUAGAUUGGAAUCAUUAUGCAAUUGGUAUAUUCAGGAUGUAUUAAAAAAUUGUUACAAUAUACAUGCUAAUAAAUAUGAAUUAGCUUUCUUAUAUUCCAAUGCACAAUGCAAUGGCCAUAAUAGAAUUUUAUGCGAAUGU